UCUCAAAUUACUCUGGGAAUUAUUUUACAACGUGGAGUGAAGGAUCUCUUGAAAUCGGGGCUCCGAACACUCUCACGUCCUAAAGCUCUGGUCGUUCCUCUCCAGAGGACCACGACUCUGCUCGCACUCACCGCGCUCUUCUCACCUCGAACCCCGCAGAGCGCCUGUCGUUCUCCCCGCUGUCUCCCGAUGAAGGAAGCCGACGCGAUCAAGCUGUUCGUGGGGCAGAUUCCUCGGAAUCUAGAGGAGAAGGACCUCAAACCGAUCUUUGAACAGUUCGGGAAGAUCUACGAGCUGACGGUGAUAAAGGACAAAUACACCGGCAUGCACAAAGGAUGUGCAUUCCUGACAUACUGUGCGAGGGAGUCAGCGCUGAAGGCCCAGAGUGCUUUGCAUGAGCAGAAGACACUACCGGGGAUGAACCGACCCAUCCAGGUAAAACCAGCCGACAGCGAGGGGAGAGGAGAAGACAGGAAGUUGUUUGUGGGCAUGCUGGGUAAACAGCAGAGUGAUGAAGACGUCAAGAGGCUGUUUGAGCCCUUUGGCACUAUAGACGAGUGUACUGUACUACGGGGGCCAGACGGCACCAGUAAAGGUUGUGCGUUUGUGAAGUACCAGGGACAUGCUGAAGCUCAGGCUGCCAUUAGCACCCUGCAUGGGAGCCGCACACUGCCUGGUGCGUCGUCCAGUCUGGUGGUGAAGUUUGCCGACACAGAGAAGGAGAGAGGGCUGAGACGAAUGCAGCAGGUGGCAUCACAGCUGGGCAUCUUCAGCCCCACCAUGACACUUAACUUCCCUGCUUACAACGCUUACACACAGGCCGUCAGCGCACAGGCAAUUGUCCAGCAACAAGCUCUGGUUGCUCAGUCAGCGUACCUGUCUCCUGUAGCAACUGUUGCCAGUUUACAGAUGCAGCAGCUGGCAGCGCUCAACGCAAAUGGAAUCAUCGCCACGCCCAUCACAUCUUCCUCUGAGUCUAGUAGCUGUCAAUCACAAUAUCUCCUCCACUGUGAUUGGUCCUCCCGGUUUGCAGGUACGAAUACCCCUCCAACCAUCUCAGCCACGCCCGUGCCAUCACUACCUCCACCUCUAGGAGUCAAUGGUUACAGUCCACCAACCAAUGGACAGCAAGCAUCAGAAGCACUAUACACCAAUGGCAUUCAUGCGUACCAAGCCCAGAGUCCAGCAUUAUCUCUAGAUCCUCUCCAGCAGGCGUAUGCAGGCAUGCAGCACUACACAGCGGCGUACCCUGCUGCCUAUGGAUUGGUCGGCCAGCAUUUUCCACAGCAACCUACCCUGGUUGCCCAGCAACACCAGCAGCCCCAGCAACAGCAGCAGCGAGAAGGGCCGGAGGGUUGUAAUAUCUUUAUCUACCACCUGCCUCAGGAGUUCAGUGACAGUGAGAUGCUCCAGAUGUUUCUGCCCUUUGGAAACGUCAUCUCAGCUAAAGUCUUUGUAGACCGCGCCACCAACCAGAGCAAGUGCUUCGGUUUUGUGAGUUUUGACAACCCAUCCAGUGCCCAGACUGCCAUCCAGGCUAUGAAUGGGUUCCAGAUCGGCAUGAAGAGACUCAAGGUGCAGCUGAAACGACCUAAAGACGCCAACCGCCCCUACUGAAGGAGAGAGGAGAGAGACUCUGGCCAUGGUGGAAUCCCAGCGUGCAUUGCACCCUCAGACCUACUACCUUUCUUUUGAGCGACGGGGAACAGCACACACACAAACACCACACACACACAAAUACUACACACACACACACACCACACACACACACACACACACACACACCACACACACACACAUUGCACUCUAAAAGGACCAAGGCACAGAUAUUGACCAAUGUACAUAUUAUAGUCCUCACACACACAAACACUCACAUACUUUCAAAUACAUAUAUGUCAGUAAUCGUACCCAUUGAAGUGGACUCAGUUUGAAAAUGGUUUGUGAGGAGUUUGUCUGGAGUGUGUGGGGCAGUGAAGAUCACACACAUACACGACCCAGGAAGUACUUACUAAAGUCAUUGAUAAGAUGAUGAAUAAUGGUGAUAUAUCACUUCUUUGGACCAUAACAUGUCAUAUUACAUGGCUAUUACAUGUGUAUAACAUGAUACAAAUAGGAAGGCCUCCAUUUCGUAAUAAAAAAAGGAAAACAGGAAAAAAUAUUGAGACAAAAAUGAGUAAUUUAGAGAAACUUUGGAGAGAGAUCCUUAUGGCCUGUAAAUAAUUUAGUUUAAGAAGAGUAACAUUUAGAAAAUUACAAAAAAACGCAAAAAGAAGAGUACUUUAGAUAAACCACUGAAAAAUGUCACAUUAUUGUUAUUAUUAUUAUUAUCUUCGUUAGGGGAUAUUGUAUUAGAAAUAAAGAAAGGGGAGAAUCACAAACAUAUUUUCAAUUUCUACUUAGAUUUUAGGAUAAAUGUGGGUGGGAGGGACUGCACCUUUUCUGAGAGGUUUUAAUAUUUUAACAAUUUUUUAUUUAUUGACUAAUUUAUCAAUUAUUUUUGUUAAUAGGGAGAAUUGAUGAAGGGUUUAAAGGGGUUACGAGUUUCUGAUUUUAGAAUUUUUUAGAGCAAAAAAGGGUCUGUUUCUGUCAGACUCUGUCAGAGUAAUUAUAAUUAUGAAUGAAUUAUUACAACAAUGAUAUUUAUUUCUUAUUUAUUGAGUCUGUUUUUGAUCCAAUCUCUUUUUAAGUUAAAAUAAAAAGUAUUAUAC